AUGCCAGAACUUACACUUCAGAUUCCGUUUGAAACCCUGAAACAGGCAAUUAUAGCCCAGAGAACCCUUGAUCCGGACCCUGUGUUGAAGCUGAAUGAAUUGAGUGUUUUGUUUAGUACAAAAGACAAUACCUUGAUUUGCAAAUUUUCUGGUAUCAGUGAUCGAGUCAUUAGAGUAUCGAUUAGUAAUGUUAUUGACAACUUGAAAACCAUUAUUGAAACCAUGGACGAGUUUGACGGUAAAAAAGAUCAGUUUUGGGAAUUGGAGAACAUCAAAACAAAUGGUUAA